AUGACCUCCAAGGUACCGCCCGAGGUUGAGACCGAAGCCAAAGGCGUCCACAAGUCGCCAUCUUUGCGAGACACCAGCCCGCCUGCUACGAAGGAUCUCCAGCCAUGGGAAAAACCAGGACUUGUCGGAGCAUUACGCAGAGGACAUCGGGCUGUUCAGAGAGUAGUCUGGGACGACCCCGACAAGCCAAAGCAAGAGAAAUGGUUUCUAUUCAAACUGGACUGCUUUCUGUUGACCUCCGCUUGUCUUGGGUACUUCAGCAAGAACCUCGAUCAGUCGAACAUCAGCAAUGCCUAUGUCUCCGGAAUGAAAGAGUCGCUUAAUAUGCACGGCAGCGAGCUGACGUACGCAAGUAAUGUAUUCACCGCCGGAUAUGUGAUCGGUCAGAUGCCUGCUGUGAUGCUGGCUACGCGAGUGCGUCCAUCGAUCUUGAUCCCCACCCUGGAAAUCCUGUGGUCUAUCCUGACAUUUUGCACAUCUUCGGUUACAAGCGUCUCGCAGCUGUAUGCUAUUCGUUUCCUGGUCGGGCUUUGCGAGAGUGGUUAUUUCCCUGUGAUGAUCUACCUGGUGUCAAGCUGGUAUACAAAGGGCGAAAGGGGGAAACGAGUCGCCUUGUUUUACUGUACCACAGCACUUGCCAGCAUGUUCAGUGGCUAUCUGCAGGCUGGUGCGUACUCAGGUCUUGACGGCAGAUACGGCAAGCAAGGCUGGCAGUGGCUGUUCAUUGUUUGCGGCAUCAUCUCGUUGCCGAUUGCGUUUCUCGGCUACUUCUUCAUUCCGGACUUUCCCGAGACGACCAGGGCUUUCUACAUUACCGAAGAAGAGGCCCACGAACAACGCAAGCGUCUUAUUGCGGAAGGUCAGAAGCCUCUCGGCCAUAAUCCAUGGAACCGGAAAAAGUUCUUUCGCAUCGCGAAACAGUGGCAGUUUUGGGUGCUCCCGCUUGGCUACUUCUUCAUCCAAUCCAGCUUUCCAAUUCACCAACCCGUAUUUGCUCUGUGGUUGAAAGCCAACGGCCAUUCCGUAUAUCAGAGGAACGUCUGGCCUACCGGACAAGUCGCCAUUGGGGUAGUUGUACAAAUCUCUGCUGGUAUGAUCUCAGAUUCGCCGUUGUUGAAAGGGCGUAGAUGGCCAGUCAUUAUCGUCAUGCAGAUGGGCACACUCAUCGGCAUUAGCAUACUGGCCGCCUGGAAUGUUUCUGAUCGAGUCAAGUAUUUUGCGUACUACCUUUCGUACUUUUCAGCAGGCGUACCAGGACCGUAUUUCGCAUGGUACUCCGACCUCAUACCGCAUGAUCACGAGAUGCGUGGCUUCGUGAUCGCUGCUUCGAACAUGUUCAGCUACAUUAACAUCAUUUGGUACACGAUUGCGGUCUGGAGAACGAUCGAUGCACCACGCUUUCACGCCGGUUUUACGGCGGCCGCGAUUUUUGGCGCUGCAAUGAUAUCUCUGACGGUAAUAAUUCAGUUCCUUCAGAAAAAAGACGACCGGAAGAGGGUGCAGGAGGGUGCCAUCGAAGAGGAUGUCGAGAAACCGCAUGAAGCUCCACCGAGGCCAAGCAUAGCGGAGGCAGCGACUGCAUCAGUUAAGGACGGGGUGACGCCGCAAAAGUAA